AAUUGUUGUGAUAAACUUAUUAAAUAGAUUGCAUAGAUUCCAAUAGUAUCUCAUCUAAUAUAGAUGGCGACUGAAAAACAAAUUGAAAUACUGAAAGCAGCUACUGACUUGGAUGAAUUAGGGCAAAUUUUGGAUGUCGGGUUUCUGAAACUACGAAUCAAAGGGCUUCAACGACUGAAAGACAAAGUAAGAAAAAGAUCGGCUGUGGUUUUGAAUCGAGCAUGCAAUUACGGCUAUGGGCCGUUUCAAGACUUAAGACUGCCUGGAUCCUUGACUCUUCAGGAGUUCUUCGAUCUGGAACCACGGACUAGACGCAGUGACACAUCAGAAUCACUGCCAGAAUGGCUACUCGAACUGCAAUGCUAUCCCUCAGUAGCAGUGGAAAAGUUGAAUUUAACUGAUGACAUGCCAGAGCUUGCGUCUUUGGAUAGAAAACGAAUGCCAAAAUGCAGAAUAGGAGCAAUGAUAAGUGGAUACACGUUCACAUAUCCUGCAAAUAAUACUCCGGUUGAGUUCUUUGCAUCAUCUGCAUUAGGAGCAAUCAAUGCUGCAUGUGCCAAGUUGUUAAUUAUUUACGGAUGGGAUCAGUCAUCAGUAUCUAAUCUGUUACAACGGUGCCAAGCUAGCCUGGGGUUCCAUUUGUUCAGCGAUCCCGUGGCGAAUUUUCAUGGCGGCGCAGUUACGAAUUCUGCUCAAGAGUAUAGUCAACCCGCAAACCAUUGUGCUUCACAACAUCAACGGUGGCCAAGACCAACAUAUCCUUCAUUAGGAACAACCGCUCUGCGCAGCAGUGGAGGAUUUCGACCCUGGAUUCCGCCUCCAUGGGACACAGCGUUUCGAUUACAACCUGCUUUAUCUCAAAAUUAUAUUCAUCCUGUAAACACCUUAGUCAAAAAUCCACGGCGGUGUAACGCUAAAAACAAGAAGCAGAAUAAGAUGAGCAGGAAGCAGAAAAAAGCUGAAUCGGUGAAAAAAGUACCACUGAAGCGAACAAUUUUGAAGGUAGCACCGAAGUCAGUGUUGGAGGGCAAAAUGACGAGGCUGGAAAUUAUGAUCAGACAAAAUAACUUGAUUCCGGAAUGGGAACGGAGGAAUUACGCUUCUAUUCUCAAUAAAGUCUGCAAUGAAACUCCAGGUGUUUUGCGGGUACCUGGAACCAUAACCAUCGAUCAGUUCUUGGAUCUACCGCCUAAACCAACGAUUGGUACAGAUGCCAGACCGAAUGAAUUAUUAAUCAGAAAAUUUACCAAAUCUGUCAUUGUUCCAACAAAAGCGAUGGAUAUGCUUGGUCUUUGGAAUGUGGCAAGUCGCGAGAUGCAAGUAAUUGAUCUUCCCAAAGCGCACAGGAGAACAAAGCUACUCCCAGCGUUUGGACAUGAGAUGGUCUAUUCAUCUGAUAUCUAUUACUCCAUUAAAGUACUUGCUUCCACUACAAAAAUGGCUGAAGAAGCGUGGGCUGCCAAAUUAAUUCAGGUGAAAUUAGGUGACACCCAGCUGGCAAAAAAGCUAAUCGAAAACUACCUUGCAGCCAGCAAAACCACAGAAGUUCUGCUCUGUCUAAAUGGAAUGAGGGAAUCAAUGCCAGUAAAAGAUGAAUUGACAGGCACAGUAUCGUGUGUUUCCAGAAUAGCUGACGAUAGACAGCUAAACGAAGAGUUGUCACAACUGAAAUGUCGUCCCGUUGACCCCAGAAAAAAAGGUUCCACUCUAUGCUCAUGGGGGGUGGACCAAUUACAAGGAAGUCAGUGGUCAUCUGCAUUGGAAGAAAGGAAGUUCUUGGAAGAAAAAAGGUCUCAGCUAACUUCCGAAUUACAAAAAAAUGCUCGCCUUAUGAAGUUGAACUUUACGAAUCAGGCUGAGUUGGUCAUUUGCGAUGAUUUGCGCGAUUUGAAUAUGUUACGUAAAAACCUGUUUGUCGAAUCGUUGGAGUUUGAGUACGACUACAGUUUUGAGAAAGGUAACUUUUCUACGGUUUUGCUUAUUAACAAUCGAUAUUCGUUUAAAGAAACAUCGACUGAAAGUUUUGAUGAUGCUGUGAAAAAUUGUGUACUGCAAGCGAAUAAGCUCAUGUUUGAAGUCAGACAGCGUAGAUGUGAAGAUGUGAUUCCUGGAAAUCAAACCGAAGACUCGAAGCUGCUGGUCAGUCUUUUCGAGCUGAAAACCGGACUUCUAUUGGAUAACUUCGUCGUAAAACCAGAGUUUAGAGACGGAAGAAAACCGUGGGCGGCGAGUGCAUUAAUUGAACAGAAGCAAUUCAAGUCAUUGGCUUGUCAUUCUCUCAAAAUGAAGGCAUACAUGGAUGUGAUGCUCUAUUACUUGAAGGAAGAACAUAAUUGCCUUGUUUGGUGCAUUACCUGAUGAGAAAUGUUCUUUGAUAUUUUGAUUUGAAGUUGUCUCUCAAAGAGAGCAACAGCUUGUGUUUUGUCCUUGUGUUCAAAAACUCUAUCCUGAAGCAGAAGAGUUUAGAUAAGAAAAACUGAGUUUUGUAAGCUUUCGUUUUUUUAAAUUAGU